GAUAUGGGAAGGGAAAUUGUUUGUGAAGAAUCACCUAAAUAUCCAGGAAAACGCAGUAGGCUAUGGUUUCACGAGGAUGUCUUAAAUGUACUACACAAGCAUACGGGAAUUGAAAGAGUGGAGGGUCUCAUCUUAAAUCUACCUAUGCUUGAAGAUUUACAUUUGAAAACUGAAGCAUUUACAAAUAUGAAGAAUUUGAGAUUGCUCCAAAUAAAUUCUGCACAUCUCACUGGAUCUUAUGAACAUCUCUCUAAAAAGCUAAAAUGGUUUUGUUGGCAUAAGUGCCCUCUAAAAUUUUUACCACACGAUUUUCAUCUAGAGAAUCUUGUUAUUCUUGACAUGCAGCAUUGUAAAGUCGAACAAGUUUGGAAGAAAAAGAAAAUACUCAACAAUUUGAAGGUCCUUAAUCUUAGCAAUUCCAAAUGUCUCACCAAAUCACCAAACUUCUCACAAGUCCCACAACUGGAGAUACUGAUACUUGAAGGUUGCACAAGCUUGGUUCAGGUUCAUGAGUCCAUUGGAUAUUUGAAAAGACUUGUUUUAUUAAAUUUAAAAAAUUGUACAAACCUCAAGGUCCUUCCAAGAAGCAUUUGUAACCUAAAAUCUCUUGAAACUCUCGACUUGUCUGGUUGCUCAGUACUUGAAAAAUUACCAAAGUAUAUGGGGGAUAUGAUGGAUUUAACGAAGCUACCUAUAGACCAAACUGCUAUCAAGAAACUACCAUCUUCCUUUGGUGUUUGCAAGAAUCUCAAAUAUGUAUCAUUAUAUGGAUGUAGUAGUCUCACUGAAUUACCAAACUUCUUACAAGCCCCACAUCUGGAGUGUCUGGUACUUGAAGGUUGUACAAGCUUGGUUGAGAUUCACGAGUCCAUUGGACAUUUAAAAAGACUUAUUUUGCUAGAUUUACAAAGAUGUGAGAACCUUAGGAAUCUUCCAAACAACAUUUCUAAAUUAGAAUCUCUUGAAACUCUUGACUUAUCUAAGUGCUUUAAUCUUGAAAAGUUGCCAGAGCAAUUGGGAAAUAUGACGGCUUUAACGGAGCUAUUUGUGGAUAACACUGCUAUUAAGAAAUUACCAUCCUCCUUUAGCCUUUUGAAGAAUCUUGAAACUUUAUCAUUACGUGGAUGUGAAUGCCUCAUCGAAUUACCAGAGUUCUUACAAACCUCACGUCUAGAGACACUAAUUCUUGAAGAUUGUACAAGCUUGGUUGAGGUUCACAAGUCUAUUGGACUUCUUAAAAGACUUGUUUGCCUAAGUCUAGGAGGAUGCAAGAAGCUUAAGAAUCUUCCAAAUAGUAUUUCUAACUUAGAACUUCUUGAAACUCUUGUGUUGUCUGACUGCUUAGAACUUAACAAGUUACCGGAACAACUGGGGAAUAUGAUGGCUUUAAAGGAGCUACUUGCAGAUAGAACUACUAUUGAGCAACUACCCUCUUCCUUUGGUCUUUUGAGGAAUCUCGGAAUUGUACGAUUAUCUGGAUGUGGAGGACCACCCCAAUCAUGGAUAUCACUCAAAAGCUCCAUCCACAUAAAUUUGUUAGUUUCCAUUUCUGGAUUAUGUUCAUUGACAAAACUGGAUCUUAGUGACCGCAAUUUGUCUGAAGAUGAGUUUCCCAUUGAACUUGGAUGUUUAUCUUCUCUCAGAGAAUUGGUUUUAUCUAGAAACAAUUUUCUUAAUCUACCUAGUUGCAUCAACUACCUUCCUGCAUUAUCGGAUUUGUUUGUGAAUGAGUGUACUACUCUUCAAUCAAUCUCACUCCCCAUAAGUUUACAACUUUUGGAAGCAAAUGGUUGCACAUCAUUGGAAAGAAUCUUAAUUUUGACGAACAAGAGUUUAGGAUCUUUUUACCUUAAUAAUUGCCACAAACUGGUUGAAAUUCAAAGUUUGAACAGUGUGCAAUGUGCAUCAAAUGUUCUCAUGGGAAGGUGCAACAAUCUAGCAUAUGAUUUUAGAAAAAGUAUUCUCCAGAUGCUGUGCAAGACAGAUAGCAGUUCCCUUUGCCUCCCCGGAAGUGAGAUUCCAAAUUGGUUUAGCCAUCAGACAAUCGGUUCUUUAAUAUCCUUUCAUGUACCUUCCUUUUUGGAUGGUAAAAUGGGCAAGGUGCUUGUUUGCGUUGUUUAUGCAGCAAACAAGGAAGUACCCAGAGUGUUAGAUCUACAGGGUUGGUUCGACUGGACAUUCUGUAAUAAAACUAAAAAUCCCCAAGAGUCAUACAAGAUAGAGUCCAGAAACUGCUAUUUUGAUAGCUUUGAAGAUCAUAUAUUUCUAGCCAUGAUGCAAUUUCAUCAUAUUAAUCUUGAGAUGAAAAGUGGAGACGAAAUAGAGCUGUCUAUUGAUCUUGGAGACCAGAGUCAAGUGAAGAAGUGUGAAAUACAAGUGAAGAAGUGUGGAAUUCAUCUACUAGUUGAUGAGCCAAAUGUUAUAGAUGAAGAUGGAGGUGUGGUCUAAUACAAGGAAGCACCCAGAGAUUUACGUAGAUGGGGUUGGUUUGACUGGAGAUUCCGUAAUAAAACUAGAAAUUCCCAAAUAUACUUGUUUUGUUCCAGAGAAUGCUUUUUUGAUAGCUGUGAAGAUCAUAUAUUUGCAGAGGUGAUGGGAUUUCGUCGAAUUGAACUUGAGAUGAAAUAGAGCUGGAAUUCGUGGAGAUGGAGUUUCAGUAAAGAUGAAGUGUGACAUACAAGUGAAGAAGUGUGGCAUUCAUUCAUGUACAAAUUUUAUAGAUGAAGAUGAAGGUGAGCUCCUACAUACCUGAUUUUCAUACUUCGACAGAUGAUGACGUCUCUAAAAGUGAGGACGGAUGAUUGUAACGAUCCAUCAGCGCAGAUCCAAGAGCACAAUCCCCCCCAAAUAUGGGGGGUUUAGGAUGACACUGGUAGCCAGAAGGGAGUAUAUAUCCUUUGGUGCUUUUUUCUAAGAUUCUAAGAAAGUCCAGGUGAAAGAAAACAAUAAGUCUGCGAAAAAGUUCAUAGAGGGCGUCGGUCAAAAGUUACUGAGAAGGAAAAAAAGCAAAUUAUUGAUGGGUCCAACCAAGUUGAUAUGGGUGGGUUGAAAGGUCUCCAUCGUCAACAAUACCUAAUAAGCAAUAAAACGAAGGAAGAAAGGCAGAUGGGCAUCAAAGAUUCAAAAAAGCUGGAUGGAGAUGGAGGAGGAGGGAGUACUCUGUACGACUCUCAGGGCUCGUUUUACUUUUGCUUGCAGAGUGCCCUGAAAAGCCUUCAAAUUAGUUGGUUGUAUUUUCAGAGAAAUAAAUACUAUACAUUUUUGUGUUUGUAGAGCUGAUUUUUUAAUUAUGAAAAGAGAAGUGAUCUAUGGCCGCCAA